AUGCUUACCUGCCACCUCUGCUGCAGCCCGCCACCUCUGCUGCAGCCCGCCACCUCUGCUACCAGCCGCCACCUCUGCUGCAGCCCCCCCCCCCACUUCUGCUGCAGCCCGCCACCUCUGCUACCAGCCGCCACCUCUGCUGCAGCCCCCCCCCACUUCUGCUGCAGCCCGCCACCUCUGCUACCAGCCGCCACCUCUGCUACCAGCCGCCACCUCUGCUGCAGCCCGCCACCUCUGCUGCAGCCCGCCACCUCUGCUACCAGCCGCCACCUCUGCUGCAGCCCGCCACCUCUGCUACCAGCCGCCACCUCUGCUACCAGCCGCCACCUCUGCUACCAGCCGCCACCUCUGCUACCUGCCGCCACCUCUGCUACCAGCCGCCACCUCUGCUACCAGCCGCCACCUCUGCUACCAGCCGCCACCUCUGCUGCAGCCCGCCACCUCUGCUACCAGCCGCCACCUCUGCUGCAGCCCCCCCCCCCACCUCUGCUGCAGCCCGCCACCUCUGCUGCAGCCCGCCACCUCUGCUGCAGCCCGCCACCUCUGCUACCAGCCGCCACCUCUGCUGCAGCCCGCCACCUCUGCUACCAGCCGCCACCUCUGCUGCAGCCCCCCACCUCUGCUACCAGCCGCCACCUCUGCUGCAGCCCCCCACCUCUGAUACCAGCCGCCACCUCUGCUGCAGCCCCCCACCUCUGCUACCAGCCGCCACCUCUGCUGCAGCCCGCCACCUCUGCUGCAGCCCCCCACCUCUACUGCAGCCCCCCACCUCUGCUACCAGCCGCCACCUCUGCUGCAGCCCGCCACCUCUGCUGCAGCCCCCCCACCUCUGCUGCAGCCCCCCACCUCUGCUGCAGCCCCCCACCUCUGCUGCAGCCCGCCACCUCUGCUGCAGCCCCCCACCUCUGCUGCAGCCCCCCACCUCUGCUACCAGCCGCCACCUCUGCUACCAGCCGCCACCUCUGCUGCAGCCCGCCACCUCUGCUGCAGCCCGCCACCUCUGCUGCAGCCCCCCACCUCUGCUACCAGCCGCCACCUCUGCUACCAGCCGCCACCUCUGCUGCAGCCCGCCACCUCUGCUGCCAGCCGCCACCUCUGCUACCAGCCGCCACCUCUGCUGCAGCCCGCCACCUCUGCUACCAGCCGCCACCUCUGCUGCAGCCCGCCACCUCUGCUGCAGCCCGCCACCUCUGCUACCAGCCGCCACCUCUGCUGCAGCCCGCCACCUCUGCUACCAGCCGCCACCUCUGCUGCAGCCCGCCACCUCUGCUACCAGCCGCCACCUCUGCUGCAGUCCCCCACCUCUGCUACCAGCCGCCACCUCUGCUGCAGCCCCCCACCUCUGAUACCAGCCGGCACCUCUGCUGCAGCCCCCCACCUCUGCUACCAGCCGCCACCUCUGCUGCAGCCCGCCACCUCUGCUGCAGCCCCCCACCUCUGCUGCAGCCCCCCACCUCUGCUACCAGCCGCCACCUCUGCUGCAGCCCGCCACCUCUGCUGCAGCCCCCCACCUCUGCUGCAGCCCCCCACCUCUGCUACCAGCCGCCACCUCUGCUGCAGCCCGCCACCUCUGCUGCAGCCCCCCACCUCUGCUGCAGCCCCCCACCUCUGCUACCAGCCGCCACCUCUGCUACCAGCCGCCACCUCUGCUGCAGCCCGCCACCUCUGCUGCAGCCCCCCACCUCUGCUGCAGCCCCCCACCUCUGCUACCAGCCGCCACCUCUGCUACCAGCCGCCACCUCUGCUGCAGCCCGCCACCUCUGCUACCAGCCGCCACCUCUGCUACCAGCCGCCACCUCUGCUGCAGCCCGCCACCUCUGCUACCAGCCGCCACCUCUGCUGCAGCCCGCCACCUCUGCUGCAGCCCGCCACCUCUGCUACCAGCCGCCACCUCUGCUGCAGCCCGCCACCUCUGCUACCAGCUGCCACUUCUGCUGCAGCCCGCCACCUCUGCUACCAGCCGCCACCUCUGCUACCAGCCGCCACCUCUGCUACCAGCCGCCACCUCUGCUACCAGCCGCCACCUCUGCUGCAGCCCGCCACCUCUGCUACCAGCUGCCACCUCUGCUACCAGCCGCCACCUCUGCUACCAGCCGCCACCUCUGCUGCAGCCCCCCACCUCUGCUGCAGCCCGCCACCUCUGCUACCAGCCGCCACCUCUGCUGCAGCCCGCCACCUCUGUUACCAGCCGCCACCUCUGCUACCAGCCGCCACCUCUGCUGCAGCCCGCCACCUCUGCUACCAGCCGCCACCUCUGCUACCAGCCGCCACCUCUGCUACCAGCCGCCGCCUCUGCUGCAGCCCGCCACCUCUGCUGCAGCCCGCCACCUCUGCUACCAGCCGCCACCUCUGUUACCAGCCGCCACCUCUGCUGCAGCCCGCCACCUCUGGUACCAGCCGCCGCCUCUGCUGCAGCCCGCCACCUCUGCUGCAGCCCGCCACCUCUGCUACCAGCCGCCACCUCUGUUACCAGCCGCCACCUCUGCUACCAGCCGCCACCUCUGCUGCAGCCCGCCACCUCUGCUACCAGCCGCCACCUCUGCUACCAGCCGCCACCUCUGCUACCAGACGCCACCUCUGCUACCAGCCGCCACCUCUGCUACCAGCUGCCACCCUUGCCGACAUCUGCAGCCGUUUCAACCGGGAAGUAACAAUUUAAGGAACACUGUUCAUACUACAGGAAGUAACAAUUUAAGGAACACUGUUCAUACUACAGGAAGUAACAAUUUAAGGAACACUGUUCAUACUACAGGAAGUAACAAUUUAAGGAACACUGUUCAUACUACAGGAAGUAACAAUUUAAGGAACACUGUUCAUACUACAGGAAGUAACGAAGUAAGGAACACUGUUCAUACUACAGGAAGUAACAAUUUAAGGAACACUGUUCAUACUACAGGAAGUAACGAAGUAAGGAACACUGUUCAUACUACAGGAAGUAACAAAGUAAGGAACACUGUUCAUACUACAGGAAGUAACGAAGUAAGGAACACUGUUCAUACUACAGGAAGUAACAAAGUAAGGAACACUGUUCAUACUACAGGAAGUAACGAAGUAAGGAACACUGUUCAUACUACAGGAAGUAACAAAGUAAGGAACACUGUUCAUACUACAGGAAGUAACGAAGUAAGGAACACUGUUCAUACUACAGGAAGUAACAAAGUAAGGAACACUGUUCAUACUACAGGAAGUAACGAAGUAAGGAACACUGCGUAA